UCAUGCUGCUGCCAAGUCCAGAGUCUCUCAUGGGUCCCUGUACGGGCCCCAUUGCUGCUGUCUCCAUCGCCACACUCUGCUGCCAUGUGCCACUUUCAGGUCUCUUCACACUGCUGUGUGUUAAAUUUUUUGACAUAGGGUGCUGGCAGAUUACGGGCCUCACAUAGCUGCUGCCAGGCCCCUAAUCUGCCAUGGGCCCCUAUAUAUACCGCCUCCUCAUGCUGCUGCCAAGUCCAGAGUCUCUCAUGGGUCCCUGUACGGCCUCCCAUUGCUGCUGUCUCCAUCCACACACUCUGCUGCCAUGUGCCACUUUCAGGUCUCUUCACACUGCUGGUGUGUUAAAUUUUUUGAC